GAUGUCAUCAGAGGCCCAGCAGUGCGCAGGCUCUGUUGGAGCGGUGCUGGCUGCCUAUUGAUUGGAAAACAGCGCGCAGUGGGAGGACGGAUCAAGGCGGCUGUGGGCUAACGGGUGAGGGAAGGAGCACAGAUCCAGCCUCUCCACGCCGCUGUCGUUUGUCUCUGAGGGGUGUUUUUUGUUUUUCCCACACUGGAAUGAAUGUAACUGCUGCUUCUCAUCAUCGGGUUUUCGUUUUGUCAGAACAACAGAUCUUCCUGGCCUCAGAGGAUCUCACACACACACAAAGCCAGAAGAAUCGCCGGCUCAUCUGACUGCAGGACAAGACCUCAACCUGCCAGGGGACACCAUGGAAGCCCCUCUUGUGUGCUUGGAUGAGGAGUUCGAGGACCUGCGGCCCUGCCGCAUGGACGAGCAGGACCACUCUUCCUACUCCAGCAUCACCACAACCACCACCGUCCCUCUGGCCUCCAUCACCCGCGAGGACUUCUCUGAGCUGGAGAACUUCUCUGAGAUGAUGAGCUUCAAGUCGAUGGAGGACCUGGUCAACGAGUUUGAUGAGAAACUCAACGUCUGCUUCCACAACUACAACACCAAAACCGAAGGCCUGGCACCGAUUCGGAACCAGACCCACAGCCAGGAGGAUGAGGAACGGCUGCAGGAUGAAGAUGUGUGGGACGCUCUAACCGACAACUACAUCUCCACCUGGGACGGCCCCAACGCCGAGGGACUCAACGGCAACCUGUCUGACCACGAGAUCCAUGAAAAAGAGGAGGAGGAAAUGAAUGAGAAGAACGAGAACGCCAACUGCCUGAACGAAGAGCCUCUGAUUACAGCAGAUCAGGUCAUUGAGGAGAUCGUGGAGAUGAUGGAGAACUCUCCAGACCCUGGUGAAACCGAGGAGGAGGAUGAGGAAGAGAGCAGCCUGUGCUCCUCCAGGACCAACCCCUCCCUGCUGGAGGAGAUCAGGCAGCUGUCCCAGGCCUCCAACAACAACUGCUCCUAUGAAGGCCUCAGCUGCAUGCCCAGCUCAGCGCUGAUCGAGCUGCUGCACAGGGUGGAGGCCGCCAUCCGGGAGUACUCAGAGGAACUGGUCAACCAGCUGGCCCGGCGGGACGAGCUGGAGUUCGAGAAGGAGGUGAAGAACACGUUCAUCACAGCUCUGAUGGAGGUGCAGAACAGGCAGAAGGAGCAGCGGGACAGCAGCAAGCGCAAACGGCGGGACAAGGCGCUCAGCCUGCAGGGGGGCGGGGCGGUGCCCUCCAAUGGGGGCAACACCGCCUCAUCUGGCCAGAAGACCGGCACCAUGCCGGUCAAGCGCUUCAGCAUGGAGGGCCUCUCCAACAUCCUGCAGACGGGCAUCAGGCAGACAUUUGGAAGCACAGGAAAUGAGAAGCAGUAUCUGAACACUGUGAUUCCAUACGAGAAGAGAACCACCCCUCCAUCUGUUGACGACCUGCAGAUGCUCACAAAAAUCCUCUAUGCCAUGAAGGAAGACAGUGAGAAGGUGCCUACACUGCUGACUGACUACAUAUUAAAAGUUCUCUGUCCCACCUAAAGAACCGUCAUGGCAGGAGUGAAGUGUGACAGAAACCAACCCUCCUCCCCCAGGACUUUCCUAACCUUCCUUACCUCUGGCCUGUCUGCAUGAGCUCCCCUCGUUUUCCAUUACCAACCAUGGAUCGACACCAUCCACAUUAUCUCAUCCAUCUAAUUGACGACUACUGCCUCCUGCUGAGCUCACCCCGUCCUUUCCUGCACACCCAUCUCAGGCCAGACACCAAAAUGGCCGCCGCCUGAAAAAGCGACCGGGACGGUCCAGUCCCACUUUUACAGGACUUCACUAAUGGAGCAUGAUAAGCUGGUUAACGAUCACAAGAGAUCACUUCGGUACAGGGAUCCAGUUUCAGAUAUCACUUCUCUCUUGUCUUGUUUCGUUGUCAUGCUUUUGCUCUGACAGACACGGUUUUGUUAAGUUUCGACUGAAUUUAUUUACAAAGGCGUUAAUCACGGAAUGAUUGCUCUUGUCAACACAUAUAUACAGUCAUCCAUAAAAAGUGGAUUGUAUGGGGAAACGUGAUUCAUAAGAAUACAAAAGCCAUGCACCUUUUUCUGCCAACUCAGUACUGUAGUUCCUUUAGAGAGAGAAGAAACACACUACUAUUACGGGUGCAGUGCGUUACUAAGCUUCUUUCACAAUGAAUAUCAAGUUCUCUUUAAAAACCUUUUUUUUGUAUUAUUUAUUUUGAAAUAUUAAUUAAUAUAUAUAUAUUAUGUUGUACAUUAUUUUUUACAUUUAUUUACUGUAACUGUUAUUCCACUCUGCGCAGCCACCUAGAGGUGUAAAUCAGUUUUUUUUUUAUUUCAGUGACUGAAAAAAUAAUAAUUUCAAUAACUGUGUAUGUAUUUGCAUAUUAGCAUAUUUUCUUUCUUUUGCCCCAUGUAGAUGAAUGUUACAUUGCUUAAUUGCUCAUUCAAAUAAACUUCUACCCUCAG